AUGUUUGAUGAUGCUGAUUUAGCUGUUUGUGUUGAAAAUGCAUGGAAAAAAUACGGUCAUUGGUGGAAAUCAAUAACAAUUUUACAUGGUGUAAAUGUUAAUGUUCCAACAGGGAUCAUAUAUGGUCUAUUAGGUCCAUCAGGAUGUGGAAAAACAACUCUUCUACGAUGUAUUGUUGGACGUUUAGAAUUAAAUCAAGGUGAAAUAAUUGUUUUUGGUAAACGGCCAGGUACACAUGGACAUGAAAUUCCUGGUCGAGCUGUUGGCUAUAUGCCACAAGAAACAGCACUUUAUAGAAAUUUUUCAAUAUCAGAGAUGCUUCAUUAUUUCGGUCGUCUUCAUAAUAUGAAACGAAGAGAAAUUUUAUCUCGAGAAGAAUUUCUUAUUUCAUUUCUUGAUUUACCUUCGAAAACAAAGCGAGUUUCACAAUUAAGUGGUGGUCAACAACGUCGUGUCUCAUUAGCAUGUGCUCUUCUUCAACAACCUCAACUAUUAAUACUUGAUGAACCAACUGUUGGAGUUGAUCCUUUACUUCGAGAAAAAAUCUGGAGUCAUCUUAUAUAUUUAUCACAAACAAGUAAAACAACAAUAAUGAUAACAACUCAUUAUAUUGAAGAAGCAAGAAAAGCUAAUCGAGUUGGACUUAUGCGAAGUGGAAGAAUAUUAGCUGAAGAUGAACCAAACCAUCUUUUAAAUCAAUAUAAUGAAACUAGUUUAGAAAAUGUUUUUCUUCAAUUAUGUUAUGAAGAUCAAAAUCGUAUUCAACAACAAACUACAAUGAAUAAUAACAAUGGUGAUCGCGAUAUCGAUGUAUCCAAUAAUAUUGGCGAUCAAAAUUUAGAAUCAACUUAUAUUGCUGAUACAGAUGUUGAAAGUCUUCUGAUAACAGUUAACAGAAAAGAAAAUUCAAGAAAAACUUUUAUUGAUUAUUUUAAAUUUCCUCAUAUACAUAAAAUUUAUGCAUUAAUAAUGAAAGAUUUAACAUUGGUUAAACGAAAUAUUAGUUUGCUGAUAUUUCAAUUUCUAAUUCCUGUUAUUCAAAUUUCACUUUUUUGUCUAUGUAUUGGUCGUGAUGUUGAACAUAUUUCAAUGGCACUUUAUAAUGGUGAAGCAGUAAAUGGAUUUCCAACAGGGAAUUUAAGUUUACAGCUUUUAAAUAAAAUAAAUCCUCAACAAAUUGAUAUUACACCAUAUAAUGAUUUUAAUAAAUCAAUGGAUCUUGUUAAACAAGGACAGCACUGGGGUGUCAUUGCUAUUCAAGAUAAUUUUACACAAGCAGUCAAAAAUAAAUUAAUAGAACUGCAGACAGAUCCAGCUACUCUAAACGCAUCAUCACUUCAUCUUUAUCUUGACAUGACCAAUCAACAAGUAUUAUUAACAAUGCAAAAUGCUCUAAUUAAUAGUACAGGAGUAUUUUUAAAAGAAAUUUUAUCCAGUGUAGGAAUUGAUCCAUCAGUAGCUGAUCCACCAAUUAUAAUAGAAAAUCCUGUUUAUGGAAGUCUUGCUCCUAAAUUUGUAAAUUUUGCUGCACCAGGAAUGAUGAUAUCAAUAAUAUUUUUUUUGGCAAUUGGUUUAACAGGAUUAAUAUUUGUUAUUGAGAAAAAAGAAGGUCUUUUAGAACGUACUUGGAUUACCGGUGUUACAACAAUUGAAGUUAUGCUUGCACAUAUAAGUGUUAAAUUUUUUAUACAAAUUAUUCAAGUUAUAUUGCUACUUACUUUUACUCACUAUAUAUUUAAAAUUGAGAUUAAAGGUUCAAUCUUCUUAGCAGCAGGAAUCAUUUUUCUUCAAGGAAUUUGUGGAAUGAGUUAUGGUUUUCUAAUAUCUUCCCUGUGUGAUGAAGAAAUGGAAGCAAUGCAAGUGGCACUCGGAAGCGUUUUUCCCGUAUUAAUUUGUUCAGGUAUAAUUUGGCCACUCGAAGGCAUGCCAUCAAUAAUGCGCUUUAUAAGUAAUUUUACUCCAUUAACACAUACUGUUGAAGCAAUGCGAUGUAUUGCUGCCAGAAGUUGGUCAUUGACACAUUUUAAAGUAUGGCUUGGUUUUGUCAAUGCUAGUUCAUGGAGUCUCGGAUUUUUUAUCAUCGCUGCUAUUAUAUUUGCUCUUAGAAAAUAA